GGGAGGAGAGGAGAGGAGGAGAAGGGGAGGCACAUGGGCCAGGCAGCUCUGGAAGAAGGAGGAGGAGGCAAGAGAGCCCAUGCCCAGCAGCAGCAGCAGGAGCCCUGGCAUCUGGCAGGAGGCGAGCCAGCUCAGCAGGAAACUUCUCCGGGCAAAGUCAGCUGUCUCUCCUCCUCCUCCUUUAGGCUGGGGCUGCUCCAAGCAGAAGGACAGGCGGCUGGGAAGAGCCUCCCUGGAGCUGCCGCAGUCAGUGGCUCUUCCUUCCUUCCUCCCUUCUUUCCUUCCUUCCAGGGACCUCCAGCAAAGGAAGGAAGGAGAGGCUCAGAGGGGCCCUUUGCAAAAAGGUCUGGCAUUGGAGAAGCCAUGGAGCUCAAUGCAGGUGGUGUGAUUGCUUACAUCAGUUCUUCAAGCUCAGCAUCCAGCCCUGCCUCAUGCCAUAGUGAGGGUUCAGAGAGCAGCUUCCAGUCCUCUUCUUCCCCUGUCCCAACAUCACCAAACAGUUCCUCUUCAGAGGGCAGCUGCAAUGUCAAGAGCAGAGAAAGCUCUGAUGAAGCAACGAAGGGUGACCAGUUAGAUGAUCGAAUUAAAGUAAAUCAGUCAAGUGGAACAGGAUUUACCAAGGGUCAUAGUGGACUUACAAAAUUUAAUGGCAUGGUGCUACUGUGUAAAGUGUGUGGAGAUGUUGCUUCAGGAUUCCACUAUGGAGUCCAUGCCUGUGAAGGCUGCAAGGGUUUCUUUAGAAGAAGCAUUCAGCAAAAUAUCCAGUACAAGAAGUGCCUGAAGAAUAACAACUGCUCUAUAAUGAGAAUGAACAGAAACAGAUGUCAGCAGUGCCGAUUCAAAAAAUGUUUGUCGGUUGGGAUGUCAAGAGACGCUGUUCGAUUUGGCCGGAUUCCUAAGCGUGAGAAACAGAGGAUGCUGAUUGAAAUGCAAAGUGCCAUGAAAACUAUGAUGAACACUCAAUUCAGUGAUCAUUUGCCUAAUGAAGCAUUAAAAGAUAGCCAAGAACCACUGUUACUGUUGCCUCAGGAAGAGCUAAACUCCAAAGUGCAGCGAGAAAAAGAGAAUAUCACUCGCUCCUCUUCUCCUUCCCUCGCUUUUCCACCUCUUCCUGCUCCCCCCUCUGACAUUGCUAAGGAAGAAGUGAUUGGUAUGGUGACCAGGGCUCAUAAAGAUACCUUCAUGUACAACCAGGAACAACCAGAAAAUCCUCCCAGUGUUGUGCAGCCCCAGAAUGGGGAGCUAAUCAAGUACACAGAGCAAUAUAAUUCUAGUGGUGAGCCUGAUAUAAGCAGCAGCCAUAAUAGUGGGAGUGACCAACAUUUUAAUGGACAGCACAAAGGUCAAAACAAUGUGCAUUAUCCUAAUGGGCAUAACCUUUGCUUCACAAGCAGCAGCUCUGUCAACUUCACUCAAGGCUUUUUCCUUAAAGGUUGCAACAGGAUGCCCGAAAAUGGCUUUCCUCCAAAUGAAUCUGUGAAUGCCUACUCCUGCAGCACUGGAGGCAGAAUGCAUCUGGUUUGCCCAAUGAACAAGACUCCUUUUGUGGAUCCAAAUAAGUCUGGUCAUGAAGUUUGGGAAGAGUUUUCCAUGAGCUUUACACCAGCAGUGAAGGAAGUGGUGGAGUUUGCCAAGCGUGUUCCAGGUUUCCGAGACCUUUCCCAGCACGAUCAAGUGAAUCUUCUAAAGGCUGGAACCUUUGAGGUUUUAAUGGUUCGGUUUGCAUCUUUGUUUGAUGCAAAGGAUCGUACUGUCACCUUUCUUAGUGGAAAGAAAUACAGUUUGGAUGAUCUGCGUUCAAUGGGGGCUGGUGAUCUGCUCAACUCCAUGUUUGAGUUUAGUGAGAAGCUAAAUGCCCUGAACCUUAGUGAUGAAGAAAUGAGCUUGUUUACUGCGGUGGUCCUUGUGUCUGCUGAACGAUCAGGAAUAGAAAAUGUCAACUCGGUGGAGGUGCUGCAAGAAACUCUAAUCCGUGCACUCAGGAACUUAAUCACAAAAAACCAUCCAAAUGAAGCCUCUACAUUUACAAAAUUACUUUUAAAACUGCCGGACUUACGCUCCUUAAAUAACAUGCACUCUGAGGAACUUCUAGCCUUUAAAGUUCACCCUUAGGUUUUUACCUCUUAUUUAUAUAAUGGACUUGCUUAGUGUUAAUUAACUGUGUGUAUUUUGUGCUAAAAUGUUUAUUUAUGUUUGUAUGUAACUCUUGUGGAGAAGGACAGUUUGCUGACUGUGUCAUGGGUAGGUGUUCUGCUGUCAUGCAAUAACGCUUCAGAUUCAACACUUUUCCACAAAUGGCAACAUGGCAACAGAUUUCUUCAUGAAUAUACUGAACAGCCCCCUUUGCACUAAAGCUGAAGAUAUUCAUAAUUGUAUGGAUAUUGACUGUUAAGAUCUGUGCCCCUACAACAAAAAAUUAGGUUUUUUUCUGCUCUUAACAAGAAUGCAUAAUGUCCACAUGGUAGAAAACAGAACUUCAGGUAAAUGACACUACAGUGACUUAAGAAAGAUUUAAUUGGUCUGUGUCCACCUUUUGAGCAUCACAUCUUGCUUGGAUAGGAAGCUCUGAACCUCUGCGCAUGGUUUCACUGGUCUUAAUCAAAGAGGCUUCGUGGGAUAUCCUGGUGUGUUCCAGUUCGCUUGCUCUAUACAAGCACACACAGAUAUGAACAGAAAUGAUGAUUCUAUAAAAUAAUUUUGUAUGUACAUAUUUGUGUUUAUGUAUAUAGUUCUAAAUGUAUGAUGCGCUAUAACUUCUUCACAAUAUUUUCAACUGUAAAGAAGUUAACCAAACAAAAGGUAACCCAUUCUAACAACCAAAUAAUGCAUUUGGUGGCAUACUGUUUGGGACAAAUGUCUUCAGAGUUCAGAUUGUUCAGAGAAUUCUAGGUUAAAGCUGUUGUGCUGAUUUAGUUAGUAUAAAAACUACUAGAGCAUCAGACGUUAAAUGGGAAGCCUGUCAAAUCAAACAGUUAAAUGAAAGAAAGAUACUAGACUGGAAUUAUUUUUUUUUAAAUUAUUGCACAUAUGAUUGUUAUGCGCUAAUAAGCACUUAAAUGCUACUGGACACUUUAGUUUGAAAGGAAACUUUAAUCAGUGCAGUUCUCUUGGAGAAUGUCAAGAAGACUGUAUCAAUAUCUGUAUUGCAUAUUUGUGUGUGUUCUGUGAAUCAUAUAAUUUACACUAUACCUAUAUGCUGCUUGAAACUUGGAAACAAAACUGUGAGACACACAGCCAAUGCCUCUUAAUCUUUGUUUGGGGCUGGGGUCGGGGAAGCAGUUUCCAAAUAUGUUUUGUUAGUGCAGCAAAGCAUUAUUCAGAUUGUUUUGCUGCACACAACAAAGGUUCGCUACACUGAUAAUAUAUUUUUCUAUAUAUUUUAUGCUCUCUCUUUUUUAAAUGCCACUUUUAAAUUCCCAAAUAUGAUCUGAAUUGUACUGUUUGGUAAUCUCAAAAGAACAUAUUCAUAUAAUACCAACAAUAGAAAACACAUGCACAAUGGCACUUAAAAUAAGCCAGAGUAUUAUAGCUGUCCAUAAUGUUUUAUUGUAUGAAAUUGAAAAAUGCUCAGGGAUGGAUCCAGAUUCAGUUAUAUUUGAGCAGAACAAGUGAAGUCAACAGGAGUUACUUAUAACUAACUUGAUUCCAGUGCUUCAAAUAAAACUAUCUAGAUGCAGCCCUCUGUUAAUUUUCUCUCAACUGAAGCAAAAGACUGAAUCUUCUAUUUACAGCCUUGGUAUUUUGGUGAUUGUUGAUUCUUUCUUUUUUCUCUCUUGCUAAAGGUACAUUUCCAUUAAGUUUAUGUGAAGAACUAAAAUGUCCCGAGUUUAGCAGCUAGGCAUUUUAUAUUCAUUUUAAAGAGAUUCUAUACCAACAUCCAGCAGUCAAAGGAAAUGUAUCACUACUAUUUCCAUGAAUGGAUCCCCCUCCCAAUUCCAGUUUCAGGUGAACAAUUGCUUGGUAGUGAAGCUUUAGCUUUUGAAAAAUGCUCACUUGGUAGGAUACAGAAUAAAUGAAAAUAUUUUUAUUACUGAAAGACAGGUAAACAUUUCAAAUCUACUUCUUAAAAAUCAAAAAAGAAUGUUAGUGUUGAUUCUAGGCUUCUUAUAGAAGCCUCUAUCCUAAAUAUACAAUAUCUUAACAUUUAUUAUUAAGCCUGUAGAGAAGUAUGACCAGUACUGUGUAAAGUAUUGCUUAUUUUUCAAAAAAUAAUAGUUCCAUAUAUAUGCAUAUAGAAAGAAAAUUAUAUUGUAUAGUAUAUAUUCAUGCAAUUUCAGGUUAAAUAAGUUCCUGCAUGUUGCAGAAAAUUUCCCUUUUUAAAUUAAAAAUAAAUAAAUUCUAGAUCCAGAUUUGACUUAAUUUUUAGAACAACCUUUCUGUUUAAAUCUUGACAGCCCAUUAUUGUUGUUAUGUUGGCAGCAUUAGAAUUGCAGCAGCCCUACUCCUUCCUACACUGAUGAGGUACUACAAAGAGCCAUAAAGCCAAGUCUCUUUUUCAUGCUAGGAUCAACCUUUAGAAAAUAAAUAACGCUGCUGUGGAGAAGAAAUGUACCAUGGGCUCUUCCCAGGCAUUGCACAUUACGUUGGAAAGAGAUGUUUUCCUGUGGUCCUAACUGCCAGUUAACACACAAGAUCAAGCCUUGGUGAAUUCUAUCUCAAGAAGCCAUUUGUCAUGAGCUCUGCUUUACUGUGUUGCUGGUUAUACACUUGUUAAAAAUACUGACAUAUUUCAUACCAAAUUUUUGGGCACUGUUGAUGGGGACGUUGCUGAGAGAUUAUGAAAAUGUACUGUAUGAAAGUAAACAAGACUGGUUUUUUUUUACUCUGGUUUUACAUGUUUUAAAAUAUUAAACAUGGGCAUUAUGCUGGCGAAGGA